UCCUACAACUCCACCUUGUGACUAAUAAUAUACUGCAUGCCGGUGUAAGGUUUCCGGUGUUAUGGCGACCUGGAGCAUACGUUUUUGUUUGCAGAAGAGUUUGGGUUGUGCUGUGAGGUAAGCCAAGACGACUCUCCCAUGUGUUUCUGUGGAACUGACUAUGCUGCUGUUGGUAGCACUGGUCAUGGUCUGUACUUACACUGUGGUAGCUGCCGAGGAGGCUGAGAACACCAGCCACAAACCACCAUUCCACUACAGCAGCCUCGCUCUGCCACAGCACCAUAUCCCCUACUUCCUCCACACUAACAAGAGAGUGGCCAGGCUUUGUCGAGAGGACCCGCUCUGCCCUUUUAAAGAUGCUCUGCUGGAUGUGUCGUCCUGCUGGGGCUAUGAGGAGAACUGUGCCCCAGAGAACCGCUUUGGCUAUCCUGUCUGCACCAAGAUCCACUCUGGAUGGGCCAGCUCAGUGGAGGCAGCCCAGGAGCUGUUCUGGAAACAGGCAGACUUUGGUUAUGUCAUGGAGCGCCUCAGUGAGAUGAAGACCCUCUGCAAGGCCACCAAUCCUGGAGAUUCAUCUCUGAAAUGCUCCAGCCACACUCGCUUCUGCAGGGCGACCAAUCUGUACCUGGACCUGAGGAACCCUCGCAGGGGUCAUGAGAGGUAUAAGGAGGACUUUCUCCAGGAGGGGGAGAUUGGGGGGCGUUGUAGUCUGAACAGCCUAGCGCUGGCCGCAGAAGGAGAGCACAAGAGCCCUCUGCAGUCCUGGUAUGCUGAACUGCAGGCAUACACAGAGCUGGACUUCAACCCCACAGAUGAAGAGCAUUGUGACAUCAUCAUUGAGAAACCUACUGUAUUCAUGAAGCUUGAUGCAGGGGUGAACAUGUACCAUCACUUCUGUGACUUUGUCAACCUGUACAUUUCCCAGCACAUCAACAACUCCUUCAGCAGAGACAUCAAUAUCCUUAUGUGGGAUACGAGUUUUAAUGGAUAUGGGGAUCUGUUCAGUGAGACAUGGAAGGCUUUCUCUGACUAUGACAUCAUCCAUCUGAAAACAUUUGACACUAAAAGGGUGUGCUUCAAAGAUUCCGUGUUCUCCCUGCUCCCCAGGAUGAGAUAUGGGCUGUUCUAUAACACACCUUUGAUAUCUGACUGCUACAGUGAAGGGAUGUUCAGGGCCUUCUCCCAGCAUGUUCUAUAUCGACUCAGCGUUCCACAGGAUGGACCCGUGGAGGGGAGGAUUCGGGUGACGUUGUUGGCACGCAGCACAGACUACCGUAAGAUAUUGAACCAGCAGGAGCUCAUAAACGCCCUGAAGACUGUGCCUCUACUUGAGGUCAGAGUGGUGGAUUACAAAUACAAGGAGGUUCCGUUCCUCGAGCAGCUCAGCAUUACCCACAACUCUGACAUCUUCAUCGGGAUUCACGGGGCAGGACUUACUCACCUGCUCUUCCUUCCUGAUUGGGCCGUCAUCUUUGAGCUAUAUAACUGUCAGGAUGAGAGCUGCUAUCGAGAUCUGGCUCGGCUGCGGGGGAUCCGAUAUGUGACUUGGCAGAAAAGGGACAAAGUGCUCCCAGAAGAUAAGGGUCACCAUCCCACCCUGGGGGAUCAUCCUAAGUUCACCAACUACUCGUUUGACGUGGAGGAGUUCAUGCGUCUGGUGCUGGAAGCAGCAGACUAUGUCCAGCACCACCCCGAGUGGCAGCCCCUGCCCAGCCAUGAUGAACUGUAAGCCUGCAGCACGAGGACAGUUUGGUGAAGUCAAACACACGACUAAAACACAGCCGUCUUAUAAAUCUAAAAGUAUUUUUAAUACUAGUUGUUGUACGCUGCUCCAAAAAAUAAAGGGAACACUAAAAUAACACAUCCUAGAUCUGAAUGAAUGAAAUAUUCUUAU